AAGGUGCGCCUGCGCGAGGGCGGGCGCUCGGUUCGGAGUCAGCGCCAGGCAAGGCAGCGUGUCGGGUGUGGGUCAUUGCUUUGAUCCUUCUUGCCUCUUGGAAGGUGACAUGCAUAUGCAUUUAUAUGACUGAUGACAGAAACUUGACUCAAAAUGCCUAAUUUCGAACAUCCAGAGUAUCCUGAAGCUACCUUGCUUCACUUGGAAAGUAUGGUGCCCUGUCGAGAAUCCCAAGUGUCAUCACUGUUGUCAAUAUUUGGAGAGCGUCAGCAUUUUAGCUUCCCAUCCAUCUUUAUCUACGGACAUACAUCUAGUGGCAAGACCUAUGUGAUGCAAACUCUUCUAGAAACAUUAGAGCUUCCUCAUGUGUUUGUGAAUUGUGUUGAAUGCUUUACUUCAAGGCUGCUUUUAGAGGAAAUUUUGACCCAGUUACAGAGCCUUUCAUCUGAAAAUAAACACAGUUCUCAUGUGCCCUGUGACACAUUUAAUGACUUUGUUCGUCUGUUUAAGCAAGAAAUUAUUACUCAAGAUCUACAGAAUCAAACGGUAUAUAUUGUGCUGGAUAAAGCAGAGCAGCUGAGGGAAAUGGAGGCAAAUGUGUUGCCAGGAUUUCUUAGACUACAAGAAAUGACAGACAGAAAUGUCACUGUUAUUUUCCUUAGUGAAAUUGUGUGGGAACUGUUUCGUCCAAACACUGGAUGUUUGGAGCCAUUCACCUUGUAUUUUCCUGACUACAGCAUAGGAAAUCUACAAAAGAUUCUGUCCCAUUAUCAUCCUCCAGAAUAUUCUGCUGAUUUCUAUGCUGCGUACAUUAAUAUUCUUCUUGGUGUCUUCUACACAGUCUGCAGGGACUUGAAAGAGCUUCGACAUCUGGCUGCACUAAAUUUUACUAAAUAUUGUGAACCAGUAGUCAGAGGAGAAGCAAAUGAACGUGACACACGUCGACUCUGGAAAAAUAUUGAAUCUCAUUUGAAGAAAGCAAUGCAGACUGUUUAUCUCCGGGAAAUAUCCAGCUCACAGUGGGAGAGAAUACAGCAGGAUGAUGGAGAACCUGGGCACUUGAAAGGACUUUCUGCACAUGCUCACGUAGAACUUCCUUAUUACUCCAAAUUCCUUCUAAUAGCUGCUUACCUUGCCUCCUAUAAUCCUGCCAGGACAGAUAAGAGGUUCUUCCUUAAGCAUCAUGGAAAAAUCAAGAAGACAAACUUUCUGAAAAAACAUGAAAAGACCAGCAAUCACCUCCUUGGACCAAAGCCAUUCCCCCUGGACAGAUUGUUAGCAAUAUUAUAUAGUAUUGUGGACAACAAAGUUGCUCCAACUGCAAAUAUAUUUUCCCAGUGUGGCACCUGCUAUACAGAUUGGAAGGAACCAUGCUUGUUGCCCGUUCCUCUGAUGAAUAGGUCAGCUGGAGUGCUCUUUUUACCGUGGCAUAUCCUCCCCCAGGAGACCAAAGAGUCACUGCUUCCCAGGACAGUCUGCCAUCUUAUCACCUCUCUUGUGACACUCCAGCUUUUAACCUUGGUUGGUCAUGAUGACCAGCUUGAUGGACCAAAGUACAAAUGUACUGUCUCUCUUGACUUCAUCAGGGCUAUUGCAAGGACCGUGAACUUCGACAUAAUAAAGUACUUGUACGAUUUCUUGUGAAAACAAGCCUCACAGCCAUAUGGACACUGCGACAAUGACUAAAGCAAGCUGUAUUCCUCUAUCUACUUAGCUGGCCAGGGAGAGGAGCGUUUUGGCUCUACUGGAUUUGUCCAAACAGGUGCUUGCCCAGCAUGCAAUCUGAUGAAAAUAUUCUGAUUGGUCUGGGUGGAUCUGAGCAGAGGACUAUUUACCAGGACCCUGGAGUAUUUGGAAGCAAUGUGUUAAUUAUAAACAGCAGGGUUUGAGCACAAUCUGUUCUACUCUUAAUGAUGUUAUCUUAACACUGAAAUUGCCUGAAACCCAUUUACUUAGGACUACGUUUUGCUCUAUGAACUAUCCCCUGUGCUUUGAACAUGGCAGCAGCCCUUGUUUGUAUGCCCAGUCUUUUCACGUCCUCUCCGCAGGAAUCUUUGCAAUUGCCUGCCAAAGCAGCUUUUCCUAAAGCCACCAUUUUAAGAGAGUGGAGCAGCAAAAUAUAAUAAACAUAAGUGCAUGUUUAAAAUCAA